CAAAUCGGAUUAAUUGUUCUCUAUUCUCUAACGGCCAUGUUAGCAAUUACCGGUAACGUUUUGGUAGUUAUUGUUUUCACCAAAGGAAAGCGAUGUCGGACGGAUAUUCGACCAUUUCUCAUCAAUCUUGCUAUUGCAGAUUUGAUCAUGGCUGUGUUUUGUUUGCCUUUUACCUUUUCAUCUGUGAUGUUAAAAACCUGGAUAUUUUCUAAACCCAUGUGUCCAUUAGUGCUGUGUAUGCAGCAUUUAUCCGUUUCAGCCAGCGUGUUCACCAACAUGGCCAUAGGGUCGGAUCGCUUCUUAGUAGUCAUGUACCCUUUAAAAUCCCGAGUGACGACAUCCAGAGCAAAAUACGUCCUGUUGGGAAUCUGGAUUGGUGCAGUUGGGCUAUCCAGUGUCCAGUUAGUGGUCAGUCGUGCUGAAGAUAUGUACUUUGGAAACUAUCACAUCAUUACCUGUGAUGAAGUGUGGCCGACAGAAAAGGCCCGAAAAAUAUUCACUCUUUUCGUUUUACUCUUAACAUAUAUCGUACCUUUGUGCAUUUUAUCUGUGACUUAUACUAUUGUUGGAGUAUUGUUGUGGCGACGAACAACGCCAGGAAAUGCUGACUUUACAAGAGAUUCCAUCCAGUUACGAUCUAAACGAAAGGUAAGGCAUACAUUGAUUGUAUUCAUA